UCGGUUUCUCCUUUCUCUUUAACGUGUUUACACAUCCACGAGAGUGAGUUGAGCUGAUCGUUGGCGUUGAACUGAGCAAAAUGGGGAAGAAAAAUAAAAAGGAUAAGAAGGGAAAAGGCAAAGAAAAAACUGAACAGAAAGCUGAAAAAAAGGCUGAAAAGCGCAGCAAAAAAGAACUAGAAGGAAAAGGAGAGGAUGACAUAGAAAAACUCCUUGCAGAGUUUCAAGAGCAAGACAGAAAACGAGUACAGGUGACUGAGGAAAAAUGUGGAGCACCACCACCAAGGUGCAAUGCAUCUUUUGUUGCCCAUACAGACAAGGAGGAGCUGCUACUGUUUGGUGGAGAAUACUUCACUGGGAACAAAAUGUUUGUAUACAAUGACCUGUUUGUGUACCAGAUUCGUAAACAGGAGUGGUUGAAAGUGUCUGUUCCAAAUGCACCUCCUCCACGCAGUGCACAUCAGGCAGUCGUGGUGUCUCAGCAGAAUGGCCAGAUGUGGCUUUUUGGUGGAGAGUUUUCCAGCCAUAGCCAGGCUCAGUUCUACCACUACAAGGAUUUGUGGGUUCUUCAUCUGAAGGAGAAGAGAUGGGAACAAGUCAAAGCUCCCGGUGGCCCUUCUGCCCGCAGUGGACAUAGAAUGAUGGCUUUGAAGAAACAGAUUCUUGUGUUUGGAGGUUUCCAUGACAACACCAGAGACUACAAAUACUUCAAUGAUGUUUACAGUUUUAACCUGGAAACCUACACUUGGUCUUUGCUGAAACCAUCUGGUACAGGCCCCUCUCCCAGAUCAGGCUGUGUGUUCCUCCCUGUUUCUGACACAGGCAGGGCAGUUGUAUAUGGGGGGUACAGCAAAGAAAGAGUGAAACGAGAUGUGGACAAAGGCACAACACAUACAGACAUGUUCGUUCUAGCACCAGAAAAAAAAAGAGAUGGUGUUCCUGAUCAUGAACAGCGCUGGAAAUGGCAGUCAGUAAAGCAGAGUGGGCUAAAACCAUCAGCUCGGUCAGGGAUGACAGGUGUGCUGGGCACUAACAAUAAGGCCUACUUAUUUGGAGGAGUAUAUGAUGAGGAAGAUGAAGAUGAGUUUCUGGAAGGUGCCUUCUUCAAUGAGUUGUGGAUGUUGGAUCUGGAGAGGCUCAAGUGGUUUUCUGUGCAACUGAAAGACCUGAAGCAGAACACAGGCGACAGAAAGAAAAGGAGACGAAAAAAGAAAGAGGAUAAUGGAGAUGAAAAUGAGGACUCUGAGGAUGGUGAAGAGGAGGAGGAGGAAGAGGAUGAUGAAGAGGAUGAUGAAGAUGAUGAAAUGGAAGUGACACAGCAAGGGGUGGAGAACUUAGAUAUUCAAACUCCUGGAGCACAGGCGGAGGAAAGCGUCUUCAAAGUGACUAUGGCUGCUCCAAGUUCUUCCAAUGCCAACACUGGCAACGAUGCAUCCUCUGACUGUGCCAUGGAGGUGGACUCCUUCUGGCCGUCACGCAGAAUGAAUACUGCAUUAGCGGUAAAAUCUGGCCAACUGUACAUGUAUGGUGGUGUGUUUGAGGAAGGUGAUAGGCAGUUGACAUUAUCUGACAUGUACUCAUUGGACGUACAAAGACCAAAUGCUUGGAAUGUCCUGGCUGCUGAAGACCCUCGUCUUCAAGAAUGGCAUGAUUCUGACUCUGAUGACGAUGAUGGUAAAGAUGGCGAGGGUGCGACAGCUUCAGGGGGUAAAGAAGAUGAGGACAGUGAUGAAGAUUCAGAUGAAAGUAUGGAGAUAACUUUUGAUGAUGCACCAUCUCGAAGAGAAGGAGAGGGUAUCGGAGACUACUUUGAGCGGAGCAAAGAGUACUGGAUGUCCAAAGCUCGGGAAAUUUUUGAGGAAGAUGGAGAGGUCAUCAGUGAUAGAAGGUUGUUACGCUUUGCUAAAGAGGUCUGUGAAGAAGCAUGUGGGAAAUAAACAGCAAGUGAUAAAUGUGUCUGUUGUCAUAUUCUUUGAGAAUCAUACAAGAAAAUUAAUAAAUGUACAUAUUUUAUGUGCCUGCAACAUCCAAA